AUGGUUUCGGGAGCGGCGGCUGUGGCAUUGCGCCGCGCCGCGCUGCUCCCCCAACGCGCCCUCGGCGUAGGAGCAAACGCCGGCUUCGGCUUCGCGGGAAUGCCGGUUGCUGCGCCGGCGCCCGCUUUCUCGUUUUUCCCUAUCCUCCCCGUCAGCGGCCCGAGCCGACAGACGACCCGACCGUUCUCUUCCGAUCUCGGUGUCCGAAAGGGCCCCUCGAUACCCCCAGCACCCUCGCCGACUGUCCUCUCUAAUACCGCUGCGCGGCUCCCUCUUGGAUCUCGACAAUGCCUGGCCCAACCCCGCUGGGCGUCCCCAGCCAACAGCAUUCGCCAACUCUCGAUGACACGCCCGGCCCUCCAGCAAAAGGUUGUGCCAAAACAGGACACGGCCAGCAUUGGCAAGAAGGAUUCAGAGUCCCAGGACUCACAAGAGAAAGAUGUCGACCAGCAUCUCAAGGCCCACGGUUUCCAGAGAAGUGCAAAGGCAGCCAAAGCCGCUCAGAUCAACAUGAGCGCGCGGCUCUCUAAAGAAGGCGUUGGUGCGCGGGGCAAACCCGGCACGUCCGAGAUCUGGCGGCUUGUUAAGAUUGCGCGACCGGAGCUUCGUUGGCUGGGUGCAGCCUUCUUUCUCCUGCUCAUCUCGUCCGCCGUCACAAUGUCGAUUCCCUUCUCCGUCGGCCGGAUUAUGGAUCUCUCCACCCAGGGCUCGUUUGACGAGGUGGAGAUCUUUGGUCUCAGCCUUCGACAGUUCUUCUUCGGCCUGGCUGCGGUAUUGACCAUUGGCGCCACGGCUAACUUUGGACGGAUUAUUCUGCUGCGCAUCGUUGGCGAGCGCGUCGUGGCCCGGCUGCGUACCCAGCUUUACCGUCGAACAUACGUCCAAGACGCUGAGUUUUUCGACGCCAAUAGGGUCGGUGAUUUGAUCUCGCGGCUGAGCUCCGAUACCGUUAUUGUCGGCAAGAGCAUCACCCAGAACAUGUCGGACGGCCUGCGAUCCCUCGUCAGCGGCGGAGCUGGGUUCGUCAUGAUGGCCUGGAUGAGCCCGAAGUUGACUUCCCUCAUCUUGGUCAUGGUCCCUCCCAUGGCGGUCGGCGCUUUCCUAUAUGGCCGCAGUAUCCGAACGCUUAGCAGGCAGAUCCAGAAAAACGUGGGAUCCAUGGUCAAGAUUGCGGAGGAACGCCUGGGCAACGUCAAGACCAGCCAGGCUUUUGCUGGCGAGGUUCAGGAAAUACACCGCUACAACAAGCAGGUCAGGAAGAUCUUUGCGCUCUGUAAGAGAGACGCGUUCCUCUCUGGAACAUUCUUUGCAACCACGAGCUGGGGCGGAAAUAUGACCAUCGUGGCUAUGUUGAUCGUUGGAGGAAACCUGGUCCGCAGCGGAGCCCUGUCUCUCGGCGACCUCACAUCGUUCAUGAUGUACACCGUCUUUGCAGGAUCCAGUCUCUUUGGGCUCAGCGGUUUCUACUCCGAGUUGAUGAAGGGAGUCGGCGCCGCAAGCCGUCUGUUUGAGCUCCAGGACCGCCGGCCCACAAUCCACCAGACCGUUGGCGUCAAGGUCACAUCCGCUCAGGGCCCGAUCAAGUUUUCCAACGUCACGUUCGCCUACCCUACCAGACCGGCCGUCAACAUUUUCAACGGCUUGGAUUUCGAGAUCCCUUCAGGCGCAAAUGUCUGCAUUGUGGGACCUUCGGGUGGCGGCAAGUCAACUGUGGCGUCUCUUCUGCUACGUUUCUACAACCCGACUGUCGGGUCCAUCACUAUCAACGGGGUCGAUAUUUCCAAGAUGAAUGUCAAGUCUCUCCGUCGUCGCAUCGGAAUGGUCGCGCAGGAGCCCGUCCUCUUCUCUGGUAGCAUUGCCGAGAACAUUUCGUACGGUAAGCCGACAGCCACGCGUGGCGAGAUCAUCGCGGCCGCCCAGAAGGCCAACUGCGGCUUCAUCAGCGACUUCCCCGACGGCCUCGAGACCCAGGUGGGCGCGCGUGGUGCGCAGCUCUCAGGCGGCCAAAAGCAGCGCAUCGCCAUCGCCCGCGCGCUGCUCAAAGACCCGGAUAUCCUCCUGCUAGACGAGGCGACCUCCGCUCUCGACGCCGAGUCCGAGACGCUCGUCAACUCGGCCCUGGCCGCGCUGCUCGCUGGCCGCAGCACCACAAUCUCGAUCGCCCAUCGCCUGUCGACUAUCAAGCGCUCUGACCAGAUCAUCGUGCUCUCCAGCGAAGGCACCGUUGCCGAGGUCGGCAGCUACACCGCGUUGAGCGCUGACAAGAACAGUGCUUUCAGCAAGCUGAUGGAGUGGCAGAUGAGCGGGGGUGAUGUUCCCGCUGAGCAAAGACCGUCGAGUGCUGUCCCUAGGAUCACAGAGGUGGAGGAGAUUGAGGCCCGGUUGGAGGAAGAGGAGGACCAUGAAGAGGAUCACGAGGAGGAUCAUGAAGAGACGCAUGACGAAGAGGUGAAAGAGAAAAAGGACCGUUAA